AUGCCAGUCUCCCUGUCCGCCCUGUCGGAAUCAGAAUAUUCUGCGCUCGGCCGGAAGGCCAUCAUGAAAUUAGAUACUCGUGUGAUGCCCUGCAUGGUGAUCAUGUACAUCUUGAACUAUCUAGACCGACAGAAUAUCGCGUCAGCAAAGUUGGCAGGAAUUGAAGAAGAUCUCAGGAUGAAUGAUGUGCAGUACCAGACUUGCAUUAGUAUUCUGUUCGUCGGCUACAUCUUAAUGCAAGUUCCUUCGAACAUUGUUGUUGGGAAAAUUGAGCGUCCUGGUAUGUACAUCUGCAUUUCGAUGGCGCUGUGGGGUGUCAUUUCUGCGUGUAUGGCUUCGGUCAAAAACUACUCCGGGAUCUUGGUUUGCCGUUUCUUUCUUGGGUUUCUAGGGAACGCAUUCGGGGGUCUUUUUGCAAUUGCGAUUCUCAAACUGGAUGGCGUGCAUGGGAUGACAGGAUGGCGAUGGCUUUUUCUUGUGGAAGGUGUCGCUACUGUCGGCUUAGCUUUCAUCCUUGCGUUUGUACUACCGAAUUCACUGAAGUCGCUGCUAGGCUUCACCGAGCUGGAGAAAGAGUACCUGCAGUGGAACUUCGAAUCGGACCAAGGACAACAAGACAAUGCGGAUGAGGUCGGCGCAUGGAAGGGAACAAUGAUGGCCCUGACGGACCCCAAAACCUGGCUCAUGAUGGGGACCCUGUAUAGCAUCUAUAUUUGUGCUGCUGUCACCAACUUUUUCCCUUCAGUUGUCGCUACGCUGGGAUACUCGCGGAAUACAACCUACGGACUCACAGCACCGCCAUAUGUUCUGUCCGUAGUGGCGAUGAUCAUCAAUGGAUUCCAUUCUGACAAGAAACAAGAGCGAUAUCUGCAUAUUAUAUGUCCCAUGAUCGUCUGCCUGGUCGCCAAUAUCAUUGCCGUGUCCACACUCAACACCGCGGCGCGAUAUGUUGCAAUGAUGUUGAUGCCUGGAUCCUUCUAUUCGGCCUCGACUAUUCUCUUGUCAUGGGUUGCCGGCUCUAUCUCGCAGCCCUCCAUCAAACGGGCAUCCGCCAUUGCCCUAAUCAACGCGAUCUGUAAUACUCCUAAUGUCUGGGCUUCCUAUUUGUAUUUCUCCGAACCUCGAUAUCUUGCGGCAUUUUUGGUCAAUCUGGCCGCGGCCGCUUUGACCAUUGCGCUGGCUACGGUAACAAGAAUGUAUUUACGACGACAGAAUCAGAGGCUGGAUAGUGGCAUGGAUACCGGUCGUAGUGGACCGACUGGGGCUCAAAAGGCUGCUGGGUUUAGAUAUACGCUGUGA